UUGAAUGCUGUCCAGCAAACGUUUGAUCAGCAAACACAACGAGGUCAUGUAAUUAGGUUACAAUGGAUUGACAUUAGAUCGAUGAAUAGCACGCAGUAUGAAGAAGUGAUUUUAAAUGCAGUAAACGUCGUUACCGAGGGAUUUAUUACUGUUUUAACUAAUACCACAGCUUUCUUACAUGCACGCUACUCAGCUACACGCAAUGCUCGUCUACGACUUAAGGAUAAAUAUUAUUUGUUUUUGUGUGAACAUGAAGAUCCUGUGGAAUUUUUACGCAACGAACUAUUACAGUUUUAUCCACAUCAUCUUAUGAUUGUACCCAGAAGCAAUGGUAAUGCUACAAUCAAAACAACAACAAGUAUAGUAACCACAUCUGAUGGAACUUCAGCCUUUAGAAACUGUAAACAGUGCCCGGGUCAUCGUAACUUUAAUUUUGAAUUGUGGACACAAAAGUACGUUGGUACUGUUGGCAAUUUGGAUGCUAAACACUUGGAUACUUAUCUUGCAAGUGAAAGAACUUUUCUCAAAAACACUGACCUUUAUCCGGACAAACUUACAAAGCUACAUGGACGUACAUUACGAAUGGGCUCACAUACGUACUUACCAUACGCGUCAACUAAUUAUGUGCCGGCUGGAACGGGUAACGUGGAUGCAAUAGACCCACAAGCCCAUAAUCGGACAGUAUCCUUCAUUGGUUCCGAAGCAGAAUUAAUCAUUAGUUUUUGUCAUAACUACGAUUGCCAUUUAAGAGUUCAACCUUACGGCGAAAAUGGUUGGGGCGAUGUUUAUGAUAAUGGAACUGGCGUAGGCAUGUUUGGCGGCUUAUUCGCGCAACAUAUAGAAUGUGCAAUCGGAUCUAUGUAUGAUUGGUAUCAUGACUUGUAUGAAGUAUCGCACGAAAUUGCCGAAACAAAGAUAAAAUUUGUGACACCAGGACCAUCACAAUACCCACGCUGGCGCAUCAUUAUUAUGCCAUUCUCCUUAAAAGCCUGGAUUGUUAUUGCUUUUGCAAUUUUAUUAUAUUCAUUCAUAUUUCAGUUUAUUAAAUAUUUAGGAUAUUGUCUGCGACCAACGCGUUCCCUUCAAAAGGAAAAAUAUAAAUUUAUAAAGCAUUUUCUUAAAACUCUGCUAGAUGUCUUUGCGGUAUUUAUACAGCAACCUUCAGCAGAUACAAGUCUUCAUCGCAUUGCUUCACGGGUUUGCUUGGCAACGCUUCUAUUUGCGACACUCACUUUAGAAAAUACGUACAGUGGGCAGCUGAAAUCUUUUCUUACAGCACCAUUAUUUACGGAUCCCGUGGAUACUAUGGACAAAUGGACUAAAACGAAUUGGAAAUGGACAGCGCCGUCGAUGGAAUGGAUCAUUAAUGUCGAAGAUUCCGACUUGGUCAAGGAUCAGAUAUUAGCUCAAAAAUUUGAAGUCAAUGAUCCCGAUUUCUUAUACAAUAUCAGUUUCCGCGAUGACUAUGGCUUGGGAAUUGAAGGUUUAUUCAGCGGUUCAUUUACAUUUGGUAAAUAUAUAACAGCACCAGCAUUGGAAGGAAAAAUUGUAACUAAAGACGCUUUAUACACGGCUUGGACUGUGGCUGCGGGUAUACGAGGUUGGCCGUUAAUGCCUUUACUAAAUCGACAUAUAUCGCAUUGCUUCGAAACGGGUUUAUAUACACAU